AUGUGUCCAGAGGGCUCAACCUCGACUAUUUCCACCAUAGGAGCAUCCAGCCAUGAAGAUCUCAUACCGAUCAACACAAGGGCCACUUACCUCAAGAGGACGACGAGACGCGAGCGCCGCCUGCUGGUGCUGCUCGUAGUUCUCGGACUGACCGCUGCGGCGCUGCUCAUCGCCCUGAUCAUCCUCGCCUGUCUCUACCUCAAGAGAAGCUAUGCCGUGCGGAUAUGUGACUCACCGGAGUGCAUCAGAUCGGCGGCCAAUCUGAAGCGCUCCAUGGACCCUACUGCGGACCCCUGCGACGACUUCUACCGCUACACGUGCGGUGGUUGGCCGAGAGACCACCCCAUACCGGGGGCGGCGUACGCGCACAGCUGGUUCGACGAGCGGGCAGACCGCGUCCAGAUGGAGAUACGGGAGACGCUGGAGAGCCGCGGCCUGAGCCCAGCCAAGCGCGCCAUGGAGUCUGUCGGUCUGGAGCUGGAGGCUCCAGCACCACUGGGAGGGGGCGCGGUGCCCGCGCAGUCGUCGUGGUCGGCGGUGAUGGGCCGAACGCGGCGCCUGCUCGCCUACGAGACGCUGUUCGGCGUCGGCGUCUACUGGGACCUCCACAACCGCUCCGUCAACACCAUCAUGCUGGGGCGGCCCGCCAGCAAGUCGCCGCUGCCCUCGCACCAGGAGCUGGAGGAGCGCAUCCGCAAGCUGUGGCGCAUGAGGGCGCGCCAGCAGGCUCGUCCAGGGGAGCCCCGGCAGUGCAGCGGCCGGCUGUGCGCCGUCGUCAGCCAGAGUCGCAGGAGGGCGGCCUCCAGGGAGGAGCUGGCCUACGUGGACUACGUGCGCGCCGCCGCCACCCACGCACACGUCUGGACCAGCGGCAGGAGCAGCGCCGCCGCGCUGGACCGAGACCUCCAGGACGAGGCCGCCUGGACCAUCCUGGACUUGGAGCAGAGUCUGCGCAAGGCGUACUAUGAAGAAUCUGCAGGCCAGGACUACAGCCUGAUGACCGUGGCAGAGCUGCAGAAUCUGACUGACGCAGCCGCCGAGAAAGGGACCACCGACGUCAGAGUGAACUGGCGCGAGUUUCUGGAGGAGGUGUUCUCCGGGGUGGAGAACGUGACCCUGCGCCUGGAUGGGCGUGACGCAGACCUGGUGGCCGUGCUCGAUGUGGACUACCUCACCUCCGUGGCCGCCAUACUGGCCAAUCACAACGCCGACACCGUGUGUGAGUUGCGAAUCCUGUCCUGCCAAUACACAGGAUGA